GGGUGGUUUCUUUUUGGGAUGGUGGGAUCUCAUCCCUGGGUUUGAUGUUUCUCGACGGCAGGGAUGGAGCUGCCACACCCCUGUCCCCUCUGUGGGGACAAAACCUCCCAUCUGGAGUUUUUUGGGGCGGUUUUGGAGGGCGCCUCAAGCUGAGCUGGCCUCAAGGGAGCUGUUUUGUCAGUGCCCUGCGUGGGGUUGUCCCAUAUCCCAGACAAAGAGGAAGUGGCCAGGGGCCAGCAGCAGUGUCCUGGGCGUGGGGCUGGCAGUGCCACCACACGUCCCUGGGGCAGCUCUGUGACAACUUCCCAGAGCCCUGUUUGCUGUGAGGGACCCCGGGAGGAUCCCAGGGAGCCAGGGCUGGGUGUUUUACAGCCCCAUGAAGGAGCAGAGGGUGCUCAGGGGGUGCCAGGUGUGCUGUCACCUCCCCGUGGUGGCCUUGCCGUGGUGGCACCAUCUCCAGGAGCUUUUCCAGGCUGUGUGAUGCUGGUGUGGAGGCAGCUGGGGUCACACUGGUGGCUCCGUGGCUGUUGUCACCGGCUCUGUGACACUUGGGGGGGGUCAGAGGGGGGGAUCUCUCCCUGACCACACGGGGAUUUGGUGCUCAUCUUGUUUUCCUCUCGCUGGCACAUCCAGGAGGAGCCCCCAUGGCUCUUCCCUCAUCCCUCCAAAUUCCUGUCCCUCCUCCUGGCGCCUGCCUGGUGCUCACAGCAGGUUUUUCCCUGCGGAUUUGCCCGCACAUCGGGGGUCCCCGGUGUGGAAUUCCCAGAAAUUCCCAGGAAUGAGAAGUCCCGUGCUCCGGGCUGAGCUCUGGGUGCUGCUCCUCGCCUCCCUGGGAGGCUGAGAAAAGCGGGAAUGGGGGAUUCUCCAUCUCUGGGGCGGUUUGGGGAGGGGUGUGCUGCAGGAGCGUUGGGAUGGGCACCGUGGGUGUGGAUUUUUAGGGUGGGAUCACCUGGCCGGGCUCACCUGGCGAGGGUUCAAGGUCUCCCCAAUGUCCCUACAGGUUGUGCCACCUUAUCUUUAAAGCCACUUCUAGGAAUUGCCCCCGGGGGUUUUGUCACCUUUCCUCGGAGCGCUUUUGGCUCCAGACAACCUCCCCACACCCGAGCUCUGCCUGGCUCCCCUCCUCUGGUUAAAUGGCUGCAAAUUCCGGCUAAACCUGAAACUCCCAGUGUGGGGAUGGCCAGGGGGGUUCUUGGAGCCUCGGGGACCAGAGGGCAGCAGCAGCAGCAGCGCUGGCUCCUGCCCAGGCUGUGCCCUGGGGUUUUUUUGGGGGUGGGAAUGUUUUGGAGGAAAUGAGGAGGGGGCUGCAUCCGCCUGGCACGCCCUGGCCAGCAUUCCCCUGCUCCCAGCUUUGCUGCCAGGUGAGCGGGGAGCUGGCUGCCAGCAGGUUUGGAGAAACAGGGAAGGAGAAAUCCCGGCUGGGUGGGAAAUAAUAAAAAAAAACCCUCCGAGCUCCUGCACGCCUCCAACCGGAGCAACGUGCCCGGGACGGGCGGCACCGUGCCAGGCCAGGGGCUGGGCUGGCAGCGGGGGCUCCCGAGGGAGCAGUUUGACCUUCAGGGAGCAGGAAAAGCUCCGGGCUGAGCCUGGCACCGAGGAGGGCACGGCACAAACCCCUCCGGGCUGAGCCUGGCACCAAGGAGGGCACGGCACAAACCCCUCCGGAGCGGGGUCACCCGUGUGCCAGGCGGGCUGGUGGCCGCCGUCCCCUCGUGUCGCCAUGGCGUCCCGCAUCGGGCUGCGGAUGGAGCUGAUGAAGCAGCAGGCGCAGCAGGAAGCCGAGCGGGAGCGGGUGCAGCAGCAGAUGAUGAUGAGCUACAUGCAGCAGCAGCGCAUGCCCGUGGCCUCCAGCCCCGCCAUCAACACCCCCGUCCACUUCCAGUCCCCGCCGCCCGUGCCCGGAGAGGUCCUCAAGGUCCAGUCCUACCUGGAGAACCCCACCACCUACCACCUGCAGAAGUCUCGGGACAAGAAGGUCCAGGCUUAUCUGUCCGAGACCUACGGGAACAAGUUCGCUGCCCACGUCAGCCCCGCCAGCCACUCUCCCAAGCCACCCCCGGCCGCGUCCCCCGGCGUCCGGCCCGGCCACGUCCUGUCCUCCUCGGCGGGCAACAGCGCUCCCAACAGCCCCAUGGCCAUGCUCAACAUCGGCUCCAACCCCGAGCGCGAGUUCGAUGAGGUCAUCGAUGACAUCAUGCGGCUGGAUGAUGUUUUGGGCUACAUGAACCCUGAAGUCCACAUGCCCAACACGCUGCCCAUGUCCAGCAGUCACAUGAAUGUCUACAGCGGGGACCCGCAGGUGACGGCGUCACUCGUUGGUGUCACCAGCAGCUCCUGCCCCGCCGAGCUCACCCAGAAGAGAGAACUCACAGACGCCGAGAGCCGAGCCCUGGCCAAAGAGCGCCAGAAGAAAGACAAUCACAACCUGAUCGAGAGGCGGCGAAGGUUCAACAUCAACGACCGCAUCAAGGAGCUGGGAAUGCUGAUCCCCAAAGCCAACGACCUGGACGUGCGCUGGAACAAAGGGACGAUCCUGAAGGCGUCGGUGGAUUACAUCAAGAGGAUGCAGAAGGACCUGCAGAGGUCCCGGGACCUGGAGAACCACUCGCGGCGCCUGGAGAUGGCCAACAAGCAGCUGCUGCUCCGCAUCCAGGAGCUGGAGAUGCAGGCGCGCGUCCACGGGCUGCCCACCUCCUCGCCCUCGGGCGUCAACGUGGCCGAGCUGGCUCAGCAGGUGGUCAAGCAAGAAGCCGGCGGGGACGAGGGGACCCUGGAGCCGCUGCUGCCGCCCCCGGAGGCCGAGUCGCAGCCGCAGCCGGCGCUGCCCGCGCCGCCCCAGUCCCCCUAUCACCAGCUGGACUUUAGCCACAGCCUGAGCUUCGACGACGGCUCCUUCCCCGACAGCCUGGAGCCCGGCCACAGCGCUUCCUUCCCCUCCCUGUCCAAGAAGGAGCUGGACUUGAUGCUGAUGCAGGACACGAUGCUGCCCCUGGCCUCCGACCCCUUGUUCUCAGCCAUGUCCCCCGAGGCCUCCAAGGCCAGCAGUCGCCGCAGCAGCUUCAGCAUGGAGGACGCGGACAUGCUGUGACGGGGAGCUGCCAGGGCAGGGA